CGUACGUGUGAAAACGCUUCGAUUCUCUGGUUAUCAGAAUCGAAAGACAUUUGCUUUGAUCAUGAGAUUAAUGUCUUAUGUGCAUUAUAAUCUCCUUCAGAACCUGAAUAAUGUCGAUGAUGACUUUUAUUGUACGAAAAGGGCCUUUUUUUAUAGUUUGAAGAAUGAAUUUAUUAAACGUUUUGUUGUUAAGCAAGGAAAGGUUGACUGGGCCAUAAACGAAAUAUCAAUGUUGCUUGAAUGCGGUCCAUGGGAGCUUGGUUUCAUUUCGACGAGCAAGGGCUUAGUAGCUGGUGACCUCAGUGUGUAUUUUGGCGAAGAAAAAGUUAUACAUUACGAACAAAGGAACUAUCAUGCAGUGCCAGACGUCAUUGCCAAUGUCACUCAGGUUCGAACAUGCGCCGCGUAUGUACUCGUUGUUGAGAAAGAUUCGGUAUUUCAGAAGCUAUUACGCGAAGAGUGUCCGUCUUUCAAUAAUUGUAUCUUAGUGACUGGAAAGGGUUACCCCGAUAUUCCUACAAGGAUGUUCGUGCGAAUGCUGUCGGAGAAAGUACAAUUACCGAUCUAUGCACUCGUUGACGCUAAUCCCCAUGGUUUUGAAAUUAUGUGUGUUUAUCGAUAGAUUCAAUGCAAACAUUAUAAGUGAUUUAGUUUAACCCGAUAAAAGUAGAU